CCCACUCAAAAUUUCGUCACUAAUAGUGGAAUUGUUGGAAAGGCUCGGGAUCAAUAUUUUUUGAUUUGCAAUGGCUAUUGCAAAGCCACUUUUAUCUGACCUUGCGUCUACAGUAAACUAUGUUCCCUCAAAUUACAUCCGACCUUCAUCUGAUAGACCAAAUUUUAGUGAAGUUCAGACCUCGGAUGGUUUCAUUCCUCUUUUUGAUCUCCAAGGCCUCGAUGGUCCUGAUCGAUUUAGCCUGAUCCAAGACAUAGGCAAAGCUUGCCAAGACUAUGGUUUCUUUCAGGUUAAGAACCACGGGAUUUCGAAGAAGCUGAUCGAUGAAAUGCUGCGCGUAUCGAAGGAAUUCUUUCAUUUGCCAGAGAGUGAGAGGCUGAAGAAUUACUCCGAAGAUCCAAUGAAGACAACAAGACUCUCCACAAGCUUCAAUGUGAAAACUGAAAAGGCAUCCAACUGGAGAGAUUUCUUGAGACUCCAUUGCCACCCUUUAGAGGACUACAUACAGGAAUGGCCCAGCAACCCUCCAUCUUUCAGAGACGUUGCUGGUGAGUAUUGCAGGCAUACAAGAGGAUUAGCACUAAGACUGCUCGAAGCAAUAUCAGAAAGCUUAGGUCUACAAAGGGAAUACAUAAAUGGGGCACUGGGGAAGCAUGGACAACACAUGGCAAUUAAUUACUAUCCUCCAUGUCCACAGCCAGAGCUGACUUAUGGAUUACCUGGACACAAAGAUCCUAAUGUGAUUACCAUUCUCCUUCAGGAUGAUGUACCAGGACUUCAGGUCCUCCAAAAUGGCAAUUGGGUUGCUGUCAAACCUAUACCAUAUACAUUCACUGUCAACAUCGGAGAUCAAUUACAGGUAAUCAGUAACGAUCGUUACAAGAGUGUGCUCCACAGGGCUGUAGUAAACAGCAUGGAAGAGAGGAUCUCCAUCCCAACAUUCUACUGCCCAUCACCUGAUGCUGUCAUGGGACCAGCCCCUCCGCUGGCAGACCAUCAUCUGCAUCCGCCAAUCUAUAGCAACUUUACUUACAGCGAAUACUACAAACACUUCUGGAACCGUGGCCUUGCUACUGAGUCCUGUUUGGACAUUUUCAAGAAGCAAGAAACUUAUCAUGCAUGAGAAAGCUUCGACUAGUGAAGAGAAUAACGGGUAAAUUACAUAGACAGUAUCUUAAAGAUAUAAAAUAGUAAGGUAUUUAAACUUCAAUUUAAAAUAUAAAAUUUCAUGAUCCUUAAUUAAAGUAACAUAAAAUUUUUUGUGACAUUCAGUGGUCAGUUUCUAGAUUAUUUCUAUUGACGUGGUGUUUAUCAUAUUAAAAAAUAUAUUUUCAUCAAUUGAUAGCUUUGAGAAGACAGGUCUUGAAUUACUGAAAUAUUGAUUUGUGCAAUUUGUAUCAUCGGGAUUAUGAAUAAAGAAAGAGCAAGAUAUAGGAAAAUCAGAGAAAAAUUAAUUAUAAAAUAUUUUGUUUCAUUAAUUAAAAUUUUUCUUGAUAAGUAUCAAAUAAAGACAGAGAAAAUAUAAUUCUUUUUAAUAUGAAAAGCAAUGUGUUAAUAAAGAUAACUUAAAAACUUAUUAUUAAAGGUUACGAGUGAUUUUAUGUUACUUAAACUAAAAAUCAAAAAUUUUGUAUUUCAAAUUAAAAUUUAGAUACUUGCUAUUAUAUAGCCUACAUUGAAAUAUCGUUUAUACAAUUUACCCAAAAAUAACUGGAAUUAAA